AUGAGCGCAGACGCAAAUAACAACAAACCAGGAUCUGGAGAAGAUCAAAAAUCGAAAGAGACGCCGAAGUUCGAUCUUGCGAAGGAGAAUCCGCGUUGUGCUGAAUGGAUGGACGAUUGCAUCAAGAGACUCAAUGGUCUCUACAAAGAUACGAGUGUCAACAUCUGCGGAGUCAUGUCUGGUCAUGAAAUCAUUGCUAUCAUUCGUCUCGUUGAAAAUAUCUUUAUGGAGGAGAGCAACCUUUGUGAAGCUGAAGCGCCGAUUAAAGUGAUCGGAGACAUUCACGCGCAAUACCAAGAUUUGAACCGUCUAUUCGAUUUGAUUGGAAGAGUUCCAGAGGAGAAGUUGAUGUUUUUGGGUGAUUAUGUUGAUCGUGGACCUCAAGGAAUUGAGGUUGUUGUCUUGCUGUUUUGUUUGAAGAUUCGCUAUAGAGAUCGCAUAUUCUUGUUACGUGGUAAUCAUGAAACUCCAUCGGUUAACAAGAUCUAUGGUUUCUACGUUGAAUGUCAGUACAAGUACGGCGUUGGGCUAUGGUGGGAUUUCCAAUCGUGUUUCAACCGUAUCCCGAUGGCUGGUUUGAUCUCGAAAAGAGUUUUGUGCAUGCACGGUGGACUCUCUCCUGAACUGGUCACUCUUGAUACCAUCAGAAAUAUCCCACGCCCAUGUGAACCACUCGAUCGUGGACUUCUCAUCGAUUUGUUGUGGUCUGAUCCGACGAAUAAGGGAGACGGAUGGUUCCAUUCGAUUCGAGGAAUCAGUUACAUGUUCGGAAAGGGUGUCGUCGAGCAAGCAUGCAAGUCCCUAGACAUUGAUCUUAUCAUUCGCGCCCAUCAAGUCGUUCAAGAUGGUUAUGAAAUGAUGACCGGUCGUCGUCUAAUUACUGUCUUCUCUGUCCCCAACUACUGUGCUCAGUUCACCAAUUCCGCUGCUGUAGUUUGUCUGAACGCCAACCUUCAGAUCUCGUUCCAACAAAUGACUGCUCCACCACUUCCGGACAGCUGUAAAGCCAAAGCGGCUCCAGCCAUUGCAGUGGACACCAACUUGGAUGCGGCUCGUGCUGACAAGGAGACAAUCAAACCAUAUGUUAAGGAGGGAAGCAAGGAAGGAGGAAAAGCUUGA